AUGACUCGAGCUGAAUGUCUCGUUGAGAUGUAUAUUGCCUGGGAUGCAAUCCCAGCCGUUCCGGGGCCGUGGCUGUCUGCACGCUCCAUACGUUCCGAUAUUGAUUCGCUCCUAGUUGGCCUCUCCGGACGCGGCUCACGUUUUGGAGUGCCGUCAGCGCUCGACUCCUGCGCUGGCCCACUUCAUGCAUACCGAACGGCGCACUGUUCGGCGAAGGACACGAUGAGGCAAGGAUCGAUUACCAAGCGGAGACUCCCGAAUCGCCACAAGGUGUGCUACAACCGACGCCCGUGCGGCCAUGUGGGUGACAUGCCGGCAGUCGUUGUCUGGACGGGGAUAUGCCUGGAUGUCAGAGCCGUGGUAUCGGUUCCCGUACAGAGCCGAAGUCUUCACUUGUUUCUCCAUCGCAACAGCCGAAAUGAGUAUCACGCACCUCAAUAUUUCAGCCGUGUGCUAACAGCGCAGGGCUACUGUGCCGUGCACCUGCCCAAGCUCCAUCAUCAAGACGCGCUCUACAACUACAACAUCAAGAGAAGACGAUGA